CUGUGGGCAGGUAGAGGACCUGACAGCUCGGCAGGUGUAUGAGAAGCUACUAGCAGCUGCACAACAAUGAACAAUUCGCGCUAUAGUGUGGAAUCCAUGCGUGCAGCUGCGUUCUAGUGAAAACUGGUAACCACAAUACUGGUUUCCAUUCCCCUUCACUGUUGAAAUCAGGUGGUUGUGGUACUCGAGCACUAUUUGUAUUGUUGGGCUGAGAAAAGCCCUUAGGAUCUUUCAGAGACUAAGUCCCAGUUGUAAAGGCUUGAGUAGUGCAGCGGAAGUUUUGAGGCAGUUGAACCCUUGUACUAGUAUAUGAGAACAAAAAAGCCCUUAGGAUCUUUCAGAGACUAAGUCCCAGUUGUAAAGGCUUGAGUAGUGCAGCGGAAGUUUUGAGGCAGUUGAACCCUUGUACUAGUAUAUGAGAACAAGUUGAUCUGCCUGAUCCGAACCAGCAAGGGUUCUCUUCCUGCCCCUCAACACCCCCCCAUUGAUCUCAUCUGACUGGCUUCUUCCUCUACAUUUGUUACUGCGUCUGGACUCGAGCAUUUCUGCUAGAGCGAUCUUGGUUUGAAUCCACACACUGGUGUGGCCUGACACUAGUGGCUUAGCUGAGGCCGACCGCUACGUCAGCGAACGGUAGUUUCCUGACUGAACGAGUUGUCCCCCUAUUAGGCCGACCUAUCCUUCUUGCUGAAUUCUAAGCUCUAAUCCAUCUACAGUGCAUCGUACUCCAUGGAUCGGCGGGCUUUUCGAGCAGCCGUUUUUUUAGCAGCCGUUGUCCCUUUGCUAACUUCAGUCUCCGCAAGCGCUGGCGAUACGGAUCCGACCUUCCAAUCAUGCCUGCUUGACUGCCAGAAAACCGGAUGCGUGAGCGACCGCUGCAUUCCCGGCUGUCCGCCUGCAAUCACCGCUGACGGGAUGACUGACGGAAUGGUGACGGGUCCGUUAGAGCUCCGUCUGCUGCGGUGGGACUGCGUGAGCGAGUGCAAGUACCAGUGCAUGCGCGACAUUCAGAUGCCCGGGGUACCUCAAGUGCAGUACUACGGCAAAUGGCCCUUCAUCCGCGUUCUUGGCUUCCAGGAAAUCGCGUCGUCCGCCUUCUCCAUUCUCAAUUUCCUCGCCACGCUCUACGGCCUCUACUCCUUCCUGCGACUCGUCUAUGCCAAGCUGCCACGCAAGCCCAUGGGCGACAAAGGCCCGCUCUACGAGUACUCCACGAUCAUGGCCGUCUACGGGCUCUUUGCCCUCAACUCCUGGCUCUGGAGCGCCAUCUUCCACGCACGUGACGUCUCGGUCACAGAAGUGGGCGACUACUCAUCUGCCAUCGCCCUCAUUGGCAUGUCGCUGCUGGUGUGCAUCAUCCGCAUCAGCAGCCUCAGGGAGGAGGCCACGCGGGUGAUGGUAUCAGCACCUGUGAUUGCCUUCACCACUACGCACAUAUUCUUCCUCAACUUCUAUGACUUUGACUACGAUUGGAACAUCACUGUGUGCACAGUCAUGGGUGUCGCACAGCUGCUGCUGUGGACCAUCUGGGCCAUAAGCACGCGGCACCCCUCUGCCUGGAAGGUUCUGCUCGUUGCGGGCGGCACUGCCUUGUCCUUACUGCUGGAGCUGUACGACUUCCCGCCGAUUCUGGGCCUGUUUGACGCGCACUCGCUGUGGCAUGCGGCGACAGUGCCGUUCACGCUGGUGUGGUGGAGCUUCCUGUGUGACGAUGCCAAGUAUCGCACGCAGGUCCUGCUGGCAAUGAAACGGCCGAGUAGGGGUGAAUCGAAGAAGGUCCAAUAGAGAAAAAUGUGGGAGACUCUAUAGGGUUCUGAGAAAGAAACAGGUCCAGCCAAGCCUUACUAACUAGUUUUAGCUCUCGAUUACCAAAUUUUGGCUGGUACUAGACCCCGCAAUCCCUUGCCAAUACUGGGCCUGUUUGAUACGCACUGGCUGUGGCUGGCACACUGUAACGGUGCUGUUCAUUCUCAUCUCAUGUGGUGAAUCUCCCUACAC